AUGGCCAAGAAGACAAUAGUUGUGGCGCUGGCGUUGCUGCUGUUGGCAGCUGUUGCCACUUUUGUGGGCGUUUUCUUUGGUGUGGGGAGAAGGAAGCCCAACAGUGAGGACGUAUACUUGAAGGCAGCAGUGGCAGCAGAUGCUGGGCCCUGCUCAGAGAUCGGCAGAGACAUACUGAUGAAAGGAGGGUCUGCAGUAGAUGCCUCCAUAGCUGCUUUGCUGUGUGUUGGGCUGAUGAAUGCUCACAGUAUGGGCAUUGGAGGCGGGCUUUUCUUCACCAUCUACAACGCAACAACUGGGAAAGUUGAGACCAUUGAUGCCAGGGAGACGGCGCCACGCAAUGCAACAGAGAACAUGUUUGGCAAUAGCACAGAUUUAUCCCAGAAAGGAGGGUUGUCAAUUGCUGUACCAGGGGAGAUUCGAGGUUAUGAAAUGGCACACAGACGACAUGGCAAACUGCCUUGGAAAGACCUGUUCCAGCCAAGCAUUGAUCUUGCAAAAAAAGGUUUCCCUUUGGGCAGGGCACUUGCCUCUGCUGUGUCCAAAAACAAGAAAACCAUCCUCGAGGACACAGCCCUGUGUGAAGUGUUUUGUGGGAAAAAUGGUGAAGUCCUGAAAGAAAAUGAAACCAUUAGAUUUACAAAGCUUGCAGAGACCUAUAGGAAAAUAGCAGAAGAGGGCCCUGAUGCUUUCUACCAAGGACAACUAGCUCAGGACCUUGUGACAGAUAUUCAGGAAGCAGGCGGUAUCAUCACAAUGGAGGAUCUGAAGGAUUAUGUGCCUGUCUUGGAUGAGAACCCUUUAAGGGUGAAUGUGGGGGAGUACACCAUGGCUGUUCCCAGUGCCCCCGCUAGCGGCCCUGUGCUCUCGCUGAUAUUAAACAUCUUGAAUGGGUACAACUUCACCUCAGAUAGCAUGGCAAGCACUGAGAAAAAGAUCCUAACCUACCACCGCAUCGUGGAGGCCUUUCGCUUUGCUUAUGCAAAAAGGACCUUGCUUGGAGAUCCAGCGUUCCUCAAUAUUACAGACCUCAUCCAGAAUAUGACUUCAAGGUCCUAUGCUGAUGACCUCCGUGAAAAGAUUACAGAUGAUACCACACAUCACAUGAAGUACUACGAGCCAGAGUUUUACCUGCCUGAGAACCACGGGACUGCACACCUCUCUGUAGUAGCAGAGGACGGAAGCGCUGUGGCGGCCACCAGCACCAUUAACCAAUAUUUGGGCUCCAAAGUCAUGUCAAGAUCAACAGGGAUCCUCCUCAACAAUGAGAUGGACGACUUCAGCUCCCCGCUCAUCACAAACGGCUUUGGAGUGCCUCCUUCACCAAAUAACUUCAUCAGGCCAGGGAAACGGCCAAUGUCUUCUAUGUGUCCAACCAUCCUCUUUGACAAAAGCAACAAAGUUAAGAUGGUGGUCGGAGGCUCAGGAGGAACAAAAAUCACUACCUCUAUUGCUCAGGUGAUUCUGAACGCACUGUUCUUCAACUACGAUUUGAAGAAAGCUGUAUCGGAUCCAAGGGUCCACAACCAGCUGAGUCCCAACACCACUAUAGCUGAGCCUGACUUUGACGAAAACAUCUUGGCUGGUUUGGCAAAGAAGAACCACGAGACAGAGCUCCUCAAAUCGACAGGAGCUGUGGUACAGGCGGUGGUUCGUUAUGAGGACGGACUCCGUGCUCAGUCAGAUCCUCGUAAGUGGGCGUACGCUGCAGGGUACUGAGGUCAUAAACACACCCCUCAAUACGCAGAGGGACUGUAGCUGUGUGAACCUUGACACCAGUGAGACGAGUUGAGAGAUUAGAGACUUAAUAAAGGACCAGGAGCCAUCGUCAGCUGUCUUGUGCACCAAUUAUUCUCUCAUUACGUUCGGACAAUGUUCAUGUAACUCAGAUGACAGAGCAUCGACUUAGUGCCUGAAAAUUAAUUCUGAAUACUUAUGGCUGCUGUAUUUAUACGUCACCUCAUCAUUUCAUGUAAUUAAGAAAUGCACAAGUUUUUUUUUUUUAGAAGAUAGCUUUACUAUCAUUCAGGUACCUGUAAAUGUUGAAAUCAUUAUUUUCACUGAAGAAACUCACACUGUGUCAGUCAUAAAAGUGUACAAUUCUUACCUAUU